CGCCUGUGGGAGGCAUUCUCGCUCGCGCUCUGCCCCGCGGUAUAUUCCUGUGCGAGGCCACUCGGAGGCGAUCCGAGAGAAUUCCAGAAACCUCUCCCGAGGUGAAAGGUCACCGUGAAAGUGUCCGAGGAAGAUAAGCCCUGCAGGUGACGCGGGGGAGGGGGGGGGGAGAGCCGAAUCGCGCAGGUGUUUGGAGGAGAAAGCAAGAGGAAGCUGUCGUGCGGAUCCGACCUCGCGCGCUCUCCUUCGCCAUGGCACCGGAGGACCUGGAGGUGGACAUCAACACGACGCUGAGCGAGGAGCGAGGAGACGACGCGACCGAGACGUCAGGCGCCGAAGGCUGGGCUCUCGCGUCUCCCGAGAGCGGCCCGCAGCCCAGCCUCGUCGUCGCGUCUGAGCUCGGCGUGCGGGACAGCACCAAGCUCCUGGGCGUCCAGGUGGUGCUCAUCGCCGCCUACUCCAUCAUCAUCCUGCUCGGCGUGGUGGGCAACUCGCUGGUCAUCUACCUGAUCGCGCGCUACCGCGGCAUGCGCACCGUCACCAACUACUUCAUCGCCAACCUGGCGCUCGCCGACCUGCUCGUCAACGCGCUCUGCCUGCCCUUCACGCUCGCCUACACCCUCACGGACGAGUGGAGCUUCGGCUCCGUGCUCUGCCACCUGGUGCCAUUCUCGCAGGCGCUCGCCGUGCUCGUGUCGACGCUCACGCUCACAGCGAUCGCGCUCGACCGCCAACGCUGCAUCGUGCAUCACCUCGAGAGCCGUCUGUCGCAGCGCGUCAGCUUCAUCAUCGUGGCCGCCAUCUGGGGUCUGGGUGCCGUGCUCGCGUGCCCGCUGGCCGUCUUCCGCGAGUAUCACCACGUGGAGUUCCCGGGACUCGGCCGCAGAGCCGUGUGCACCGAGAGCUGGCCGGGCGGCCAGGAGCGCGACGCGAUCAUCUACAGCGUCUCCAUGCUCGUGCUGCAGUACGUGCUGCCGCUGUGCGUCAUCACGUGCGCGUACGCGCGCAUCUGGGCCAAGCUGAGGAGCCACGUGAGCCCCGGAACGAGCGGCCGCGCCAACGUGGACCGCCAGUGCCGUCGCAAGAAGACGACCAAGAUGCUGCUGAGCGUCGUGGUGGUAUUCGCCGUCAGUUGGCUGCCCUUCAACGCCUUCCAACUCGCCAGCGACAUCCACGGCCGAGUGCUGGACCUGUCAGAGUAUAAGCUCGUUUACACGCUGUUCCACGUGGUGGCCAUGUGCUCCACCUUCGCCAACCCGUUCCUCUACGGGUGGAUGAACACCAACUACCGCAACGGCUUCCUCACCGUGUUCCGCUGCGAGCGAAACACGGACGCGAUCCGGCCCGAGACUGAGUUGGCAUCGAUGCGCACGCGGUCUCUCAGGGACGGACCUCGCCGACAACUGCAGCAGCAGCAGCAGCAAUGUGUGGCCUCUGGAGUCAGAGCCGACGCCACGUCGGGCAGGACGCAGACAACCACCAGCAGCUUCAUAGACGGCCGCCGUAAACGCGUGCUGGCGGAGAGGGAUGUGGAGCGGCAUGGGAGGCCACUCGCCGGCACAGCGGACGAGAAAGCGCCUCUGCCCAGUGUGGACACGUAACAUUUGAUCGAAUGUAUGUCGACUAUGGCCUGGCAGUUGCGCAGUGGUUAGCGCACAGCGCUGUGGUGAGCCUGGCGACCUGAGUUUAAAUCCCGCCUUGGGCAUCAUAGCCCAUCCACCCUCCUCACCCCAACGCUUUCACCAACCGGCGCUGACCAGCGUCCUGAAGUAUGGUCGGGCAACCCCUUUGACCGACAGCAGUAGAUUGACGAAAGGCCGCACACCGACGGUAGUGUACUGGUAUACGCUGCCUAUAACAUUGUUGUUUCAGUCGGUGCCGGAUUUGUAGCAGUUCGGCCAAGGUGAUGUGUUUAAGGUUUUUUCUUCUUAUACAAAAGCAAAAUAAUUUAUCGGCGCAGGGAGCCGUGGAUUUGAGACAACGGCACGGCAUCCUACAAUGUGCGUUCGUGUUUCAUUUGAUGGUGGUGGUGGUGAUGAUGAUGAUGACAAUGAUGGUGUGUGUUGCCUGCAGUCAGUAUACCUCCGAUACGACGCAUGAGUGGACGAUAUUCAAGGCUUCAACCCGAGCAGACGACCAACCGUUCGGCUCGCCGUGAAGGUCUCACGCACGCAACGAACACGCGAGCAUUCGUGCGCAGAGAUCGCGUGAAGAUCGCACAGAGAACUGUGCUUGCCAAGGAAGCCGAAUUUGUAACGACUGCAUUAAUUGUUUUUUUUUUACGGAGCGCACCUUUUAAUG